AUGGACAACAUCUGGGAGAUUGUACAGGCCAUUCAUAUUGGUGCAGUGGUUGCAACUUUCCUUUGGAACACUGGACGUAUUAAAAAAGCAGUAGACUUCUUUAACGAAUGUUUGGUGCUCCUUAACGUCAAAGCGCUAUAUACAAUCAAAGAACUUACCACACCCCUUGUUAUCGAUGUAUACCAUAAACUCUUUGAUGGCUAUACUCUUCUGUACGAUCACACCCGUGCGAUAGAAUGUGGUAAAAAACUUCACGUGGCACUACACAAUAGUGGCAGAAAAGAAGAAGAAGGGAUAAUAUUAAUUCAACUAGCGAACAUUUAUUAUCAAAGAAGCAAAUACGAAGAAGCAAAACAGUUUUACGAGAAGGCGCACAGCAUCAUGAUUGAGACUGGAAACAAUCGCGGAGUGGGAGCAUGUUACGGAAACCUAGGAACUGUGUUUCUUUCUCUUGGUCAAUAUACCAAAGCAGAAGAAUACCUUCAAAAAGCACUAGUGAUCAGGAAAGAAAUCGGUGACAAAGAAGGAGAAGCAUCUGCUUACGGAAAUCUAGGAACUGUGUUCCAAUCUGUUGGUCAAUAUACCAAAGCUAAAGAAUACCUUCAGAAAGCACUAGUGAUCAGGAAAGAAAUCGGUCACAAAGAAGGAGAAGCGUCAGAUUACGGAAAUCUAGGAACUGUGUUUUUAUCUGUUGGUCAAUAUUCCAAGGCUGAAGAAUACCUUCAAAAAGCACUAGUGAUCAGGAAAGAAAUCGGUGACAAAAAAGGAGAAGCAUUCGAUUACGGAAAUCUAGGAACUGUGUUUUCAUCUGUUGGUCAAUACACCAAAGCAGAAGAAUACCUUCAAAAAGCACUAGUGAUCAGGAAAGAAAUCGGUGACAAAAAAGGAGAAGCAUCAGAUUACGGAAAUCUAGGAACUGUGUUUUUAUCUGUUGGUCAAUAUUCCAAGGCUGAAGAAUACCUUCAAAAAGCACUAGUGAUCAGGAAAGAAAUCGGUGACAAAAAAGGAGAAGCAUCUGCUUACGGAAAUCUAGGAACUGUGUUUUCAUCUGUUGGUCAAUACACCAAAGCAGGAGAAUACUUUCAAAAAGCACUAGUGAUCAGGAAAGAGAUCGGUGACAAAAAAGGAGAAGCGUCAGAUUACGGAAAUCUAGGAACUGUGUUUUCAUCUGUUGGUCAAUAUUCCAAGGCUGAAGAAUACCUUCAAAAAGCACUCGUGAUCAGGAAAGAAAUCGGUGACAAAAAAGGAGAAGCAUCUGCUUACGGAAAUCUAGGAAGUGUGUUUUUAUCUGUUGGUCAAUAUACCAAGGCAGAAGAAUACCUUCAAAAAGCACUCGUGAUCAGCAAAGAAAUCGGUGACAAAAAAGGAGAAGCAUCAGAUUACGGAAAUCUAGGAACUGUCUUUUUAUCUGUUGGUCAAUAUACCAAAGCGGAAGAAUACCUUAAAAAAGCACUAGUGAUCAAGCAAGAAAUCGGUGCCAAAAAAGGAGAAGCAUCUGCUUUCGGAAAUCUAGGAACUGUGUUUAAAUCUGUUGGUCAAUAUACCAAAGCUGCAGAAUACCUUCAGAAAGCACUCUUAAUCAGGAAAGAGAUCGGUGACAAAGAAGGAGAAGCAUCAGAUUACGGAAAUCUAGGAACUGUGUUUUCAUCUGUUGGUCAAUAUACCAAAGCGGAAGAAUACCUUAAAAAAGCACUAGUGAUCAAACAAGAAAUCGGUGACAAAAAAGGAGAAGCAUCUGCUUACGGAAAUCUAGGAACUGUGUUUAAAUCUGUUGGUCAGUAUACCAAAGCAGAAGAAUACCUUCAGAAAGCGCUAGUGAUCAAACAAGAAAUCGGUGACAAAAAAGGAGAAGCAUCGGUUUACGGAAAUGUAGGAAGCGUGUUUUUAUCUGUUGGUCAAUAUACCAAGGCUAAAGAAUACCUUCAGAAAGCACUAGUGAUCAGGAAAGAAAUCGGUGACAAAAAAGGAGAAGCAUCAACUUACGGAAAUCUAGGAAGUGUGUUUUUAUCUGUUGGUCAAUAUACCAAGGCUAAAGAAUACCUUCAGAAAGCACUAGUGAUCAGGAAACAAAUCGGGGACAAAAAAGGAGAAGCAAUAGCUUACGGAAAUCUAGGAAAUGUGUUUUUAUCUGUUGGUCAAUAUUCCAAGGCGGAAGAAUACUUCCAAAAAGCACUAGUGAUCAGCAAAGAAAUCGGUGACAAAGAAGGAGAAGCAUCUGCCUACGGAAAUCUAGGAACUGUUUUCCAAUCUGUAGGUCAAUAUGCCAAGGCUGAGGGAUACCUUCAGAAAGCACUAGUAAUCAAACAAGAAAUCGGUGGCAAAGAAGGAGAAGCAUCAGCUUACGGAAAUCUAGGAACUGUGUUUCAGUUGGUUGGUCAACAUACCAAGGCCGAAGAAUACCUUAAAAAAGCACUAGUGAUCAGGAAAGAAAUCGGUGACAAAGAAGGAGAAGCAUCAGCUUACGGAAAUCUAGGAACUGUGUUCCAAUCCGUUGGUCAAUAUUUCAAGGCUGAAGAAUACCUUCAAAAAGCACUAGUGAUCAGGAAAGAAAUCGGUGACAAAAAAGGAGAAGCAUCUGCUUACGGAAAUCUAGGAAAUGUGUUCCAAUCUGUUGGUAAAUUUACCAAGGCUGAAGAAUACCUUCAAAAAGCACUGACGAUCAAUGAAGAAAUCGGAGACAAACGUGGUGUUGGAGCUUCAUACUUAAAUCUGGGAAAACUUUGUGGAGAAUUUCAGCUUAAUGCGAAGAGUCAAGUAUUUGUUAAUAAAGCACUUGAGAUAAGUUACGAAAUAGGGGACAUUGAAAUGCAGUUUAGCAGCCACCUUGCCAUUGCUCUGAACGCGUUAGUGGCAGGAGGAAGCAUAACUGAACUUCUUCGAAAUCUGUAUGAAAGCAUUCAGAAGUGCGAAGAAAUGCAUGAUUUUUUAAUGAUGAAGGAUCAAUUCAAAAUUUCUUUUUUCGAUGAGCAUGUGUCCCCUUACCUUCUUCUUUGUAGGUUAUUGAUUGCUACAGGCAGUUAUUAUGAAGCUCUUUACGUUGCCGAGCUUGGACGGUCCAGAGCACUUGCAGACAUCCUUUCAAAUAAGUACUCUGUGGAAAAAGAGGUAUCAGUCAACCCACAGUCAUGGAUUGGUAUUGAGAAUAUCAUGGACAAAAAUGCACUUAGUUCUUGUCUUUAUGUUUCCUGCUUCGGUGAUAAUAUGUAUUUUUGGAUUCUUAAGCCAAACAAAAGCGUGGUGUUUCGACAAACGAAACUGAAAGAAAGUGCAGAUCAAGUGUUUGGAAAUGAAAAAAUUGUUGGUUCUCGGGAAUUGCGUCAAGAACAAUGCGAAGAUCGAUCAUUGUUCUCUUCAUACCUAAGCUCCCUGGCUAAAUGCCAUGCACCUCAGGUGGGCGGCACUGCAACUUUGCGUUUGGUGGAAGAGGAUAAAGACACUCCAUCCCUGGGUGAUGGUUACAAUAUGAUCGUUACUCCCGUAGCUGAUUUACUCGAGGAACCAGAAAUCAUCAUUAUUCCUGAUCCCUUGUUGUACAGAAUUCCUUUUGCUGCAUUAACGAAUGACAAAGUCAAGGAAGAAACAAAGUACCUAUCAGAUACACAGAGGAUUCGUAUUGUCCCUUCCUUGACGACUCUAAAGUUGAUUCAGCUCAGUUCUGCCGACUACCAUAGUGGAACCGGUGCGCUGAUCGUAGGAGACCCAGAGGUUCGUGAUGUAUACUACCAAGGAGAACUUCUGGAAUUGGACCCAUUGCCUUGGGCAAGAAAGGAAGCACAGAUGAUUGGGCGACUGGUUGGUGUUAAGGCUUUGGUGGGAAAUGAUGCAAGAAAGCAGACAGUCCUAGAAAAAAUGCCGUCAGUAAGUCUCAUUCACUUUGCUGCUCAUGGUGAUGCCGAACGUGGAGAAAUCGCUCUUUCUCCUAUAAGCUCGUGCGGUACUCCUCACGAAGAAGACUACUUAUUGACAAUGGCUGAAAUUUCAAAAGUUCGACUGUCAGCCAAGCUGGUUGUUCUCAGCUGCUGUCACAGUGCAAGUGGUCAGAUAAGAGCUGAGGGAGUUGUUGGAAUCGCUCGAGGAUUUCUAGCAUCGGGUGCACGCGCCGUGCUGGCAGCACUGUGGGCCAUAGAUGACGAAGCUACUAUGCAGUUCAUGAAUCGUUUUUACGAGCACCUUGUUCAUGGUGAAAGUGCAAGUGAAUCGCUUCAUCAGGCCAUGAAGUGGAUGAGGGAGAAUAACUUUUCUGACGUAAGGCUAUGGGCGCCGUUUAUGCUGAUUGGAGAUGAUGUGUCAUUUAAAGGUUUGUAUUUGAUACCGUUUUAGGUCUUUUUUAGUAAAUCUAGGAACUGUGUUUUCAUCUGUUGGUCAAUAUACCAAAGCGGAAGAAUACCUUAAAAAAGCACUAGUGAUCAAACAAGAAAUCGGUGACAAAAAAGGAGAAGCAUCUGCUUACGGAAAUCUAGGAACUGUGUUUAAAUCUGUUGGUCAGUAUACCAAAGCAGAAGAAUACCUUCAGAAAGCGCUAGUGAUCAAACAAGAAAUCGGUGACAAAAAAGGAGAAGCAUCGGUUUACGGAAAUGUAGGAAGCGUGUUUUUAUCUGUUGGUCAAUAUACCAAGGCUAAAGAAUACCUUCAGAAAGCACUAGUGAUCAGGAAAGAAAUCGGUGACAAAAAAGGAGAAGCAUCAACUUACGGAAAUCUAGGAAGUGUGUUUUUAUCUGUUGGUCAAUAUACCAAGGCUAAAGAAUACCUUCAGAAAGCACUAGUGAUCAGGAAACAAAUCGGGGACAAAAAAGGAGAAGCAAUAGCUUACGGAAAUCUAGGAAAUGUGUUUUUAUCUGUUGGUCAAUAUUCCAAGGCGGAAGAAUACUUCCAAAAAGCACUAGUGAUCAGCAAAGAAAUCGGUGACAAAGAAGGAGAAGCAUCUGCCUACGGAAAUCUAGGAACUGUUUUCCAAUCUGUAGGUCAAUAUGCCAAGGCUGAGGGAUACCUUCAGAAAGCACUAGUAAUCAAACAAGAAAUCGGUGGCAAAGAAGGAGAAGCAUCAGCUUACGGAAAUCUAGGAACUGUGUUUCAGUUGGUUGGUCAACAUACCAAGGCCGAAGAAUACCUUAAAAAAGCACUAGUGAUCAGGAAAGAAAUCGGUGACAAAGAAGGAGAAGCAUCAGCUUACGGAAAUCUAGGAACUGUGUUCCAAUCCGUUGGUCAAUAUUUCAAGGCUGAAGAAUACCUUCAAAAAGCACUAGUGAUCAGGAAAGAAAUCGGUGACAAAAAAGGAGAAGCAUCUGCUUACGGAAAUCUAGGAAAUGUGUUCCAAUCUGUUGGUAAAUUUACCAAGGCUGAAGAAUACCUUCAAAAAGCACUGACGAUCAAUGAAGAAAUCGGAGACAAACGUGGUGUUGGAGCUUCAUACUUAAAUCUGGGAAAACUUUGUGGAGAAUUUCAGCUUAAUGCGAAGAGUCAAGUAUUUGUUAAUAAAGCACUUGAGAUAAGUUACGAAAUAGGGGACAUUGAAAUGCAGUUUAGCAGCCACCUUGCCAUUGCUCUGAACGCGUUAGUGGCAGGAGGAAGCAUAACUGAACUUCUUCGAAAUCUGUAUGAAAGCAUUCAGAAGUGCGAAGAAAUGCAUGAUUUUUUAAUGAUGAAGGAUCAAUUCAAAAUUUCUUUUUUCGAUGAGCAUGUGUCCCCUUACCUUCUUCUUUGUAGGUUAUUGAUUGCUACAGGCAGUUAUUAUGAAGCUCUUUACGUUGCCGAGCUUGGACGGUCCAGAGCACUUGCAGACAUCCUUUCAAAUAAGUACUCUGUGGAAAAAGAGGUAUCAGUCAACCCACAGUCAUGGAUUGGUAUUGAGAAUAUCAUGGACAAAAAUGCACUUAGUUCUUGUCUUUAUGUUUCCUGCUUCGGUGAUAAUAUGUAUUUUUGGAUUCUUAAGCCAAACAAAAGCGUGGUGUUUCGACAAACGAAACUGAAAGAAAGUGCAGAUCAAGUGUUUGGAAAUGAAAAAAUUGUUGGUUCUCGGGAAUUGCGUCAAGAACAAUGCGAAGAUCGAUCAUUGUUCUCUUCAUACCUAAGCUCCCUGGCUAAAUGCCAUGCACCUCAGGUGGGCGGCACUGCAACUUUGCGUUUGGUGGAAGAGGAUAAAGACACUCCAUCCCUGGGUGAUGGUUACAAUAUGAUCGUUACUCCCGUAGCUGAUUUACUCGAGGAACCAGAAAUCAUCAUUAUUCCUGAUCCCUUGUUGUACAGAAUUCCUUUUGCUGCAUUAACGAAUGACAAAGUCAAGGAAGAAACAAAGUACCUAUCAGAUACACAGAGGAUUCGUAUUGUCCCUUCCUUGACGACUCUAAAGUUGAUUCAGCUCAGUUCUGCCGACUACCAUAGUGGAACCGGUGCGCUGAUCGUAGGAGACCCAGAAGUUCGUGAUGUAUACUACCAAGGAGAACUUCUGGAAUUGGACCCAUUGCCUUGGGCAAGAAAGGAAGCACAGAUGAUUGGGCGACUGGUUGGUGUUAAGGCUUUGGUGGGAAAUGAUGCAAGAAAGCAGACAGUCCUAGAAAAAAUGCCGUCAGUAAGUCUCAUUCACUUUGCUGCUCAUGGUGAUGCCGAACGUGGAGAAAUCGCUCUUUCUCCUAUAAGCUCGUGCGGUACUCCUCACGAAGAAGACUACUUAUUGACAAUGGCUGAAAUUUCAAAAGUUCGACUGUCAGCCAAGCUGGUUGUUCUCAGCUGCUGUCACAGUGCAAGUGGUCAGAUAAGAGCUGAGGGAGUUGUUGGAAUCGCUCGAGGAUUUCUAGCAUCGGGUGCACGCGCCGUGCUGGCAGCACUGUGGGCCAUAGAUGACGAAGCUACUAUGCAGUUCAUGAAUCGUUUUUACGAGCACCUUGUUCAUGGUGAAAGUGCAAGUGAAUCGCUUCAUCAGGCCAUGAAGUGGAUGAGGGAGAAUAACUUUUCUGACGUAAGGCUAUUGGCGCCGUUUAUGCUGAUUGGAGAUGAUGUGUCAUUUAAAGGUUUGUAUUUGAUACCGUUUUAG